AUGAAUAUAACAAAAUACUUCCUGAUUAUCCUCCCUCUUAUCCUUUUAAAGUACCCCCCGCGGAAGGGACUGACCAACCAUGACAACCUCUUGUUAGGAAGUAAUAUAAGGGGGGAACUCAUAAGAAGAAUUAUUAAGGAGGAAUCUGGCACCAGCGGCGAAAGUGAAAAAGAAAAAGAAGAAGAGAGGGAAUAUGAAGAAUAUUUAGAAAAUAAAGGAUCAAACGAAUUUGAUAAAGUGAAAUACAAAUAUAUGGACUAUGUAACUUUUAACAUUUAUAAAAGUUCCAAAAAAUACAAGCACUUGCUGAAUGAGUCCUUAGUCUUCCUGGGUUCUCAAUACAGCACAGAUGAAAAAUUAACCUUUCACGUGAAGUUAAUUGAUAUUUUGUCCCUACUAUUUGUUCAUUAUAGAGAUAAUUUGAGCACCUUCGACCAUGUUAUAAGUAGCUUCCAAGACAGGAACAAGUUAAUGAAUUCUAUUGAAAAUGAAUUUUUCCGAGAAUUUAUCGACGAAAGGGACAACUACAUUUUCGAGGUGAAAAAUGUGUACUACAAGGUUGACCAGAAGGAUGAAGAAAAGGAAAGAAUUUUAAGGAAAAAAAAAACAAUCUAUGAAAUAUUUUUAAAAAAUUGGAAAAAUGACGGAUACCGUUUUUACAGUAUGAAUAAUAAAAAAAAGGUAUACAUACCGAAAAAAAUAGAUCAUAAGAGAAAGAAAAAAAAUGAGGCCCAGUAUAGUUUGCAGUGCCGCAGUUUAGUUUCCUGUCCGCAAGGCUCAGAGGAGGAGAAGGAGCACAAUGGGACAGGCCCUGAUAAGGAAUGGUCUACCCCUAGUUUGAUGACCAAAAUGAAGGAGAAGCAAAACCAGGACGGUGGUGGUGAUGCCAAGAUGUUUUCGCAUGUGGAGGACGACGUGGAGGAGGAAACCCUCGAAGAGGUAGAAGACGGAAAAGAGGGGGACACUAAUAGAAUGGAAGAAACGGCGUGUGCAGGGCAGGAAGAAGGACAAGAGGAGAACGCCGACGAUGAGUCAGACGAACUGUAUGACCAGGACGUGUACGAGGAUGACGCGAGUCGGAAGGCCCUCCUAGAAAGUUAUAACAAUCAAAUCUGCCACGCUUCAGAGGACAACCAUAAUAAUCCAUCCCCAAUGAGCACAUACAGAAAUGGAAUACCAGGUGUUUCAUACAAAAUGAGAAAAGACUUUUUCCUAAAUGGAAGUUCAUUAAAUGUCAUAACGCUGAUCAAUGCAAUAACGUCGAAUAGGGAUAACGCCACGGUGACGGAAUUGCACGAAGCGCUAAAAAAAUUAGGAAUAACGACAUUUGACCAUCUGGUUAGAUACACGAACAUUAUAGGAAUCUUUUUUUCAUAUGAUAUUUUUGAUGAAUUAUAUUUACAAAUAAAGCUGGUGAAGGAAUAUUUUGGACUCAUACAGAAGAAGAAAAGCGACUUCGACAUAGUGGAAAAGAUAAAAAAGAGGAAUCUGAAGAAACGAAAGGCCUAUGGAGAGUACAAAAUGAGCGACGAUGAAAUGUUCGUACCGCCAAAUUGUUUAACUGCGUAUUGUAUGUUGAAAUCCGUUUGGAUGAGAAACAGAAAUGUGACAGUGAAAAUCGAAAGGAGCAGUAGCAAUAGCAUGAAUUUUAUGAUGCUGGGGGAUAUUGGACAAGGGUUUGAAGAAGAAAAGGAUUUCGACGAACAGAAUAUGCUAAACCUUAUCGGAUUUAAUGAGCUAAAAAGUACUGUGCAAACGAUGAAGGAUUGGCAUUUUACGAACAAUGCUGAUUUUGUAAUUAAUUUAGGAGACAAUGUGCCAAACGAUGGGAGCAUAAAUUACAUGGAGAAUUUCCAGUGGCAUAAUUUAAUGAAGGAACUGUUCGUUUUCAAGAAAAGAAGUGAACAGGAAAUUGACAGCAUGCUGGGGAAUAAUAAGCUCACCAAACAAAGCAUAAAAGAUUUUUAUAAAGAAAAAGUAAAAGAAAUGCAAGAUAAUUAUAAUAAUGGACAGCAGACAGUGGAGGGAGAAGUGAAGGAAAAAAAGAAAAAAAAACAGAGGAAGAAAAAGAAUAGUGAAAAUGGGGAAAAUGAGGCAAAUGAGGAAAAAGUACAGGAUUCCCCUUCCAACCAGGAAGACUUAAGCGUUUAUGACAAUGACCGUAAGAAGUUGUACCAAUUUGAUGAUGAAGAAGAGUCGGAUGAAAAUAUUGAAGCCAUUCCCUUUUACUCCAUUUUGGGAGAAAAAGAUUACUUCUUCUUUCCAAGCGAACAAAUUCAGGAACACUACUCGUAUAGAAUCCCAGGUUAUUUCAUGCCAAACAACUACUACUGCGUUAACUACGACUUUACCUAUAACAAUGUAGGGUAUAAAGAUAUAAUUAGCCAGGAGAAGUUUAGGGCAUCCUUUAUUUUUAUCGAUACGUGGUCGCUAAUGGUGGGAUUUCCCAUAAUAAGGAAUUACCGCUCCUUUCGUGAACAAUUCAAUUGGCUCAGUAAAACGUUAUACGAAAGUGCACAGAAUAGUGACUGGAUUUUCGUCAUAGGGCAUCAUCCUCUAAUUUCAAGUGGAAGACGAGCCGAUAACUACUCCUAUGAGGAACAUUCCUUCCAUGAUAUUUUGAGAGAUUUCCUCUUUAAUUACAAUGUAGAUGGAUAUUUCAGUGCACAUGACCAUUUAAUGGAGUACAUUAAAUUCGGAAACCUAGACCUGUUCAUUAAUGGCUCCUCCUCUAGGGUUAUGUUCGAUAACUCCACCCUGGGCAGAGGUUAUUUUGGCAAAGUGAUAGGAAAGUUAUAUCCAGUCACUUGCUAUAUUUUGAAAACCAUCCACCGGGGACUGAAGCCAAAAGGCUGUAGCGUUAAUAGGUAUUCCAAAUGGUCAAACAAGGCAGAUAUAGGGUUCAGCACACACAAAUUAACCAAGGAUGAAUUUAUCACCGAAUUUAUUAAUGGAAGAACAGGAAAACCACUCAGCCAUAAGAUUGUCCUGAAAAACAAAAAAAGUGAGAGAAAAAAAUUCUACAAUUUGGAUGGAUACGUAGAUGAUAAAAUCGACGAAUUGGAAAAAAAAAUAGAAGAAUUUAAAAAGAAAAAUCCAGAUUUGAUAAAAUACAAAAUUGAAGAAUUUAACGAAAAUAUUAGAAAACUUAAUAAAAUCAUGAAGACUUUAAAAACGAAGGAGGAAGUUGAAAAUUUUAAGGAAUUACUCUUCCUGAAUAACCUAAUUUUUGACGUGUCCGAACACCUUUCCGGGAUGACCACACAAAAAUUAAGAAGCAUGCACGCGCUUGCCGUAAAGUACUCCAUUUUCUUUAACAAAAAAAUUGUCAACCACAUCGUCGUAGCGUUGGAAAAAGCGGUGCAAUCUGAAAAUAGCCAGUCGGAAAAUGAAAAUGAAGAAAUCGAUGAAGACGAAGCUGAAAUGAGGUUCAAAGAAAAACAGAAGAAACAAAAUGACGAGAAAAAAUCAUUGGAGAUGAUAGAAACCUUGGGUUAUAAUCCUGAACAAUUUUUAGAAAAGUACGAUAGCAUGACGAAAGAGGAGAAGAAUCUCCUGAAGGAGAAAGUUGGAAAGGACGUUACGCUCGAAGAUUAUGUUAAUAGAAUUAGGGUCUACGUGGAGAAGAAAAACUUAAGUGAAAGCGAUUUGGAAGCCAUGCAGGAAAGCUUAGACGCGGAGGAAAGUGAGGAAGAAAGCACCAAGGAGAGUGAAGAGGAAAGUACCCAAAUGAGCAGCGACAGUAGCAACGAAGUUGCGCUCGUGAAGGACGUGCACAAAACGCACCAGAAAUUCGUGUUCAUGGAAAAGGCUCUAUCCGAACAGGACUACAUUUUGAUGAUGCUCGGUGCUUUGAAAACUCAUGACAAGAAUAAAUAUGCCCUGAAUAUGAGCACCAAAAAGGAAAACUUGAAAAGCAUUGCUUCUUCCAAUUUUCUCUACAAAAUAGAGAACCACAAAACUUUUUUCCAGUUAUGUAUUGAGCUAGCUCCUGACAUUAAGAGGAUUAUCAGCAACCUUGGGGGAGUAGGACUGAGGCUGCCUUUUUUUAAGUUAAUGAAUAAGCUCUACGAUGAAAUAAUCAAUUUAAGGGACGGACUUGACCGAGUUGCAACGUGA